CAUUAGAUACGUUUCGGAAGAUGACAGCUGAUUCCGGGCCAACUGUCAUCAGUUCACGGACGCUCGGCGCAUAUUUUUGUUUGGUGCCGUGAACGACGAAGAGAGAGCAAUUUUGGUUUGUUUUAAAAAACUAUUUACGAGAAAGAAAGAAAGCACAUGGAUCAGUGUUUCAUUUGCAGUGUAUAGUUUUGCCUGUUGUUCCAGUAUAUAUCGAAGCAGCGUGAACGCAGCGUGCUGCAGCCUGUUGUGUCUUGUUUGCGUUGUGGAAUCGUCAGUGGAUUUUGUGUGUGUGUGUGACUUGUUUUGUGAACAGAUUGAUCCAGCGUUGAUACAGCUCCCCAGGUGCAUAAUGUCUACCUCCACGUCGAGCGGAAGCAGAAUGGCUGUGAUGGAUCGCGAUCUGUGCAGCCUGAUGGUGGAGAUGCCCUCGGAGAAGGUGACCGUGCGGCAGAAAGCUUUCAACAAAAUGAACACCAUCCUGAACAACCGUGAGGAAGACUUUCUGGCGUGCAUGCAAUCCGACUCGUUCGAAACGGCCUGGAGUGCCCUUUUUGAUGCUGCCUAUCACGGCAUCCAGAGGCAGAGCUAUGGUAGCGCGAGCAAGGGACAGGCGCAAAGUAAAAAUUACGACUACGUCGUGGUGCUGCACAAACUGAUUGAACUGGCGAUGGAUCGCGAGGAGGGUCCGCAGCUUUCGUACGGACAGUUGAUUGGUGCGUUCGUGCGGGCGAUGUCGGAUCAAGCGCUGCGAGAAGGAUUCGGACUGUGCUUUCUGCAAGUGUUGCAAAAGUUUGUGCUGUCCACCAAGUGGUCCCUUACGACGGUGAGCUGCGAGCAGUGGAACGACCUUCUCGACGGUUGUUUCGUGAUGAUGGACACAUCGCAAGCGGCUAAAUAUACGGCUUCCAGUUGCCUUUCGCUGGCUGUGGUAAAAUUUCUCAACAACUGCUCGAUGCCAACCUUACUGGCCGCCUAUCUGACCCGUCUGAUGGACCACAUACGGCAGACGGCGAACGAGAAGAAGAGCAACGUGCUUUACGAGCUCAUCAAUACGGCUUUCAAUGUUAUCCAGGCGCUUGCAGUGGAUUGUAGGAGCAAAAUAAUCCACUUCCUGGAGUCGCUCGUCCCGUACGCGGUGAAGAUUUACAAGGAGGGCAAUCUGCGCAACGAACAGAAAAGUGUACUGUUCCGUCUGAUGCACCUGUCGCUGAUCAUUCUGUAUCCGGAGGGAAAGUCUCACGUUAAUGCGAAAAGACUUACCAAAGACUGUGCACGACCUUCCGAGGACGGAGAAGUUUGUAAGAAAACGUUGCGUGAGUAUCACUACAUCGUGACGAGCGAGAUGAAGGCACGGGAACAGUCCUCGUCGUCGCAAGGCGCUAAGGACAGCGCACUGUUUUGUGAUGGUUUUAUCGAUUUUGCUGCCCGACUGUGCUACACGGUUUAUUGGAAUGAAGAUAAUUGGAAGGAAAGCAACAGUGAUGAAUCGGCCGUCAAGAGAAACAAGCAGUUCAACAAACUGCAAAGCAUAAUGGAUAUGGUCGGAACAGCUCCGAAUCAGUUCAAUACCCGUUGGUUGUUCGUAUUGUCGGCAGUGCUCGACAGAUACGAGGCGGCUAUCGGCGCCGAAGACUACAUGCGUUUGCUGCAGCUUUUGUGCAACAUCCAACCGUCGUUACAGUCACCGCACGAGCAUAAUGCAUUUUACCGGUGUUGUGCCGAGCUGCUUGCCUUCGAGCAAAAGCCAACGUACAAACCGUUGGCCACUGUCUUGCAGGAGGAGCAAACUGAGCUGUGGAACAAGAUCGUAGCGGCCACCUUCCGUGGGUGCACCAACACCGCUGCCCGAACGUGCAGUGAAUCGAACCUGUUGCUGCAGCUGCUCAUACGCCACCGGAAGUAUCCCAACAUCGGCUUCCUGCAUGGUACGGUUCUGGAAGCCUUCUACACCUAUGCCGUGGAGAAAACGAACACUAACGUCGGUACGGUGCUGAGCGUGCUGGACACGGUGGGCAAUGUGGAGCGUUUGGGCAGUGUGGACGCUGUGCUGACGAAACUGUUCAACUAUCUGUACCCCCAAACGAGGGAAACCAAAUCCAAAGCAAUACUGCACGCCAAGGAACGAUUAAGCGCCAAGCUGCUGGCACAAAUUUCGAUUCUCGCCGUAGUAACGAAGCGUUCCGCACCGGAACAACGGGAUCACCAGGUACCACGCAAACCAGACAGGGCGCAACGGACGGUUUUGCGUGAGUGUUUGUAUUACGAGCAGGAUGAACGGCUGCAAGCGUUAGAGCAUCGGCUUCGCCUGCACAGCCUGGAGGAGCUGUUGGAACUGGCGGAAGACAGUCCGAAGCGGAAGCAUGGUCUGCCAACUACCGAGCCCGUGUACCGCUACAACAUUAACGACCCACUGUUCGCGCGUCUGUGCGAGCUGGUAAAGUUCGACACACACAUCCUGCCCGAUGAGAAUGAUUUUCUCGUCGAUGGGCUGAUCUGCAUUUGCUACGAUCUGGAGCUGUAUCUGCAGAUGCUGAACGUGCUGCUGCUCCACGAAGCGUACAACGAGCAGCAGUGCAGCAAGAGCACACUCUACAAAAAGGUUCUGCUCAAGUUCGAUCAGCUAAAUGCGGGGUUCAAUCGACUGCUGAACGAUGCGACGUUGAGCGAAACCAAGACGAACAGUAUCGCCGAUCGGUUGCUGGCCCUUGUGCGUGGUCCUUACCAUCCGACGGUCCAAAAGCUGCUACAGAAAACGGAACAUACGAUGAUUGUGCGAUGGGUAAUCGGUCAGAUUGACCUGGUAGAGGGUGAAGAUUCUCAGUGCGUGGCGAUCGUGCCGGAAGGUGCGCUUUCUUCCGAGCAGCAAUGUCGGCGCUGUUUGCACCACAUUCUAGCGGAAUAUCUACAGUACGAUGGACCAAGUGCGGGCGAAGUGCACGACCUGUUGGACAAGCUGGGGCUGAACGUGUACAACAGUUUGGAUUUGUUCUACAUGUUCGAUCUGUGCCGUAUCCUACUGAAGCAAAAUUCGCACGAGCUGGUGGCGGUUUGGGUGCUUCGGAACAUUGUGCAGGUUUGCAAAAUCCACUACACCAACCCUAGCAUUACGGAGCAGAUUAUUGAUUUAUACGCUGAUUUAACCGCCUUUGUGAGCCCCUAUGAAGACAUGGCCCGCAACGUUACGAUCGUGCUGUACUCGUUUGUAAAGCAGUGCGCGAAGCAUACGUACUCCACCGCGCUGCAGGUGAAGAUAUUCGCCCAGGUCAAGUAUCUGCUCCGAGCCUAUCCGCAGCACAUCCGCACGCAGACGCAUGAAAGCAUUUACGCCGGGUUGGUCCCGCUUUUGAGCAGUGCCAGCUACCGCGUCAAGCUGGAAGCAGUCCGGAACAUUUUGCACUUUAUGAAGCACGACUGGGCGCAUACCGAUGUGGCGGACAUUCCGUGCAGUUUUUACGAAUUUCAAACCGAGUUGUACGAUCAGAUUAACUUCGACGAGCUGAUACGUGGCGCGGAUGAGGACGAGCGGGUCAACGUGAUUAGUUGCUGCCUUCAGCUGCUGCUUGGAAUAUUCCACACGAGCUUCAUGCUGCGCAGACGGGCUUUGGGCGAUUUUGUGCUGGUCAUCCAAGCGGGAAAUGUUAACGAUGACAAAAUUGCACACACCAUUCGAAUAGCGUCGGGAGCGAGCGAUAUAGACUUCCGCAAGCUACUUCAAACGAAUCUCGACUCCGUGCUGGAACUGUGGCUUACCAAAGGGCAUAGGUUGCUCGAUUUUCCGUACCGCAUCGCCGGUAAAAUCACCUCCAUCGAAGAGUUUGUGCAGCAGUUUAGGAAAACGGUCGCUUUCGUCAUCCUGUGCAUGCAGCCGGACCGGUUCGAACAGUUUUGCCAUUCGGUCGGCAUACAGCAAACGGAAAUGGUGAAGAGUAUACUGCCGAAAUGUGUGUCUUUUCUGCUGCCAAAGUACGCCAAGUGCGCUGAAAUGACUGCCAGGUAUAAUGUGAUGGCCGCCCGAAUGCACAAAGCUCUUGCUCCCUUCCUCAGUGCGGUAGAUUUGAAGGAACACGUGUCGGAAAUCAUCAAGCAUCUCACACAGCGAUUGAACGAAAGCGAAGCAGUGAGCAAACUUGCCGAGCUCCACCUGCCCAGCUGCACGAUCGGCAGCGAUCUGUUCAUCAGCAAAGCCACAUACGCAACAGCGCUGGAGCAUUUGAAGCAAUCCGUGUGGGGCUCAGCGUCCAUCAAGUUUAGCUUGCUGAGCAACCUAUGCCUCAAGAACAGUUCGGCCAUCGAGCGGACGCUAGCGGAGGUGAAACGAUGGCUGUGGGCUGCCGAAGAACCGGAGCAAAAAAUGGUUCACCUGCUGCAGUACAGCGUCCUGUUGGAACACCUGCAAGAGUACAUUGGGCAGCAGAAGGAACGAUCCUUUAAACCGUACCUUGUGCGUGAUGUGGUUUGCUUUCUGUGCAACACUCUGUCAGCGUUUCCGGCGUUACGCACAGCCACACUGAACAGCUUCGAACGGUUUCUUGCCAAUGUGGUAACGGCGGCCGAUGGUGCCGAACUGCUGGCCGAACAGCUGCACACGAUCGUAUCAUCCUUGCUGGAGGUCGAAUGUGCCGAACCGUCGUCGAGCGUUUCGCACAAAUCGCUCUCGCUGUUACGGUUCCUAAUCUUACAACACACCACCCUGUUCGGAAGUGCGAUCGGUAAGCUUAACUACCUGCCCUGUGACAAGCGCUUCGAUGAGUUGCGUUUGAUGAUUGCGCGCCAAAAAUCGGCUGGCGGUGAAAGUUUGCUACCGGGCGAGGAAAUUGCUGCCCUGAUCGAGUUGCCCAAUCUGAGGUACGAAGAUUUAGCCGCUUUAAAAAUUACGUUAACUACGAAAAAAGAUGAUCUGAAGCGACUGUGCGACGAAUUGUCUGACCAGCGUGCGUCCGACUCGGGUGCUAGCGGCGAAAGCGUUCUGCACCGGUUGGUGUACAUUUUGCUGGAAGUUGUGCGAAAUUCUCCAUUCGAUAAGCGUUCGAUAGAAGCGCUGAGGUGUUUGGGCGAAAUAGGACCGAUCGAUUUGGGCACAAUGUUGCUCAAGUCGGAUGCCGAAUUGAUUGCGUACGAUACGAUCAGCAACUCAAAGGAAGCAAUCGAACGGUGCGUUGAUGUUUUGUUGCGCGAGCUGGACGUAUUGCUGACGAGCAAAAACGUGUCCGUGGCAAACGUGGCCUCGCUAGUUUGCUACAAAUUGCUGUACGGCAAAACAUUCCACGCUUUGGCGGCAAAGCUUCCAACGCUUCAUCCCUUUUUGGGCACCGCGCCGGAAGAGGUGAAACUGUUCUCGUACACUGCGGGCCGGGAGUUGACGUUGCAGACGAUCCUUGCCCACGAACGACUUAUCUACCCGGCGUUUGUGCAACAACUGUCUGGCGCAUUGUUGGCUUUUUUGGGUAACACGACGCUCAAAAAGCUGGCCGAACAGGAAACUACGUUUGCCGAAAAGCUCGUCCCUUUGCUGGUGCAGAUAGCGAUCAAGCAAUUCGAAGAAUCGAUCAUCGAUAAAGUGGGGCAUUUUAUAAAUGAUUUUUUCUCUAAAUUUGGCCUUGUGCGAACCGACCCAAGCCAGCACACCAUCUUCAACGAUCCCAAAGCCAUACAGCUGAUGCUUACGGUAGUGGAGUGCACCAGGAUACAUAAUCAGUUGUUUCCUCAGUAUAAAAUCUCCAUCAACUAUCUACCGGUAGCACAAGCUUCGCACUUCUGUCAGGCACACUUCAAGGCGAUCCUGUACGGUGAGCUGUGGUACCGCGAGGAGGUGGACACGGGCAAUGGGGAUGCGAAAAAGAAUCCCAAACUUCUGGACCUAAUGAAAAUGUGCCAUCUGGCAAUCGGGGUGAACGAUGCGGUUCAAUCGUUCCUAAACCCAAUCCAGGAACGGUUGGAAUACCAUCGGUUGGAGCAAAGUUACGCCAAAUGUUUGGUGAUGCAGGAUGCUAGCGUGGUUUGGGGAGAAAACGCCCGCGAGGGUACGGCCCACACCAGUGCCCAGGAAGGCUUCCUACAAACGUUGAAAGAUGCGUGUCUGUAUGGGUUGGCAAGAUCGCUCCCGGUAGCACCGCAGCAGGUCGACUACGAAUGUGCCUGGCGUCUGUCGGACUGGAACGUUCUAAUCGGCACCGACGGUACCGAUGCAACGGGGGGAACCGUGGCUGGGACGAAUGGGUUGCACGUGCAGUCCCGUGCCUUCGAACGCGCCCACUACACAGCGCUCAAAUGUUUGCAGCUAAGGGAUGAGCUGGCGGUAGACAGUGCGAUCGUUGAGGCGCGCCGAGCCGUCAGUGAAAUUUUCAAACUUACCAGCAUCGAAUCGACCAAACACAUUUACCACGGUUUGUGCCGGCUGCGCAUGUUACAGCAGGUGGAGGACUUUGGAGACAUUCAUUUCGCCAAGCAGAUCGACUGCGAGCAGGACAUGCUGCACCGGUGGAAGCAACAGGACGAGCUGCCGCACAGUGAAUUCACGCUGCUGGAAUGCAUCCUAUCGCAGAGGCUGUCCAUCUUCAGCACCGGUGGGAUCCGUGCGAAGCGGAGCUGGAUUCCGCCGGCGGUUUACAGCACACUGCUGCUGCUGAUCCACGAAUCGCGCCUCCGAGGUUACGUCAAUUGUGCGAUACGAAAUGUGGCGCUGAUCGGCAAGGAAGAGCAGCUGCCCGCCAACAUCCAGUCGGUCGUAAUGCUGGAAAAUGCUCAGCUCAACUGGACGUCCGGUCAUCGGCUGGUGGCGCGCGAGCUUGCCUGGGAAGUGAUGACCAGCAGCAAGUACAACGAUCCGAUGGUAAAGGCGGUCGCGUUCCGAUUGUACGGCGAGUUUCAGGCCGAAGGCCACCUGCAGGAGAUCAAGUCGCUGUGCUCCGAUUACUUCCAGCAGGCGGAAAAGUGCGUUAACUAUGUGGUGUCCAAGCAGCAGGGUACGGGUGGGGAGCAGAAAACACCCGCCGGCACGAUACCGUCCAGCCAUCGCUGUUUCGAGGUGGAUCGUAACUACACCGUUCAGCACACGGUCGCCAAAUAUGCGGAUCGUGAAUUUGUGCGGCUCAGCAAUUUUUUCCGCUCGCAGGAGUGGGAAGCGCGCAAAGCCAACCUGGCCCGCAUGGAGGAGGAAGCGACACGUCUGAAGGCGGAAGCGGCACACGCAACCGAUCAGCGCCGUAAAGAUGUCGGACGUUCGCUUCACUUCAUGCACAAAAAUUUGCAGCGUGAUAGAAAAGCCGCCGAAGAGGUGGAACAAAGCCGGGGAGAUUAUUUGAAUCUGGCACUGUGCUAUUACUUGAUGUACGCCAAACAGACGACGAUCGUGAGCGACAUGGUGAUCUUUAGGAUCAUUUCGCUCUGGCUGAACAAUCAGCAGAACAAGAGUGCGAAGGAGUUAAUCGAAGAGUCGCUGCUCAGCAUUCCGUCGUAUAAAUUUAUCGCCGUACUGCCGCAGCUCACGCCGAGGGUAGGGGUGCACGGUGAUGUUGGUGCGUUGGUGCAGCGAGCGCUGGUACGGUGUGCGCUCGAUCAUCCGCAUCACACGCUGCCGUUUGUGUUUGCUCAGCUGCAUGCCUUCAAGGAUCAGCCGGACCACGAAACUCCAGCCAACGACAACCGUUUGCUAGGCGUACGAGAGGUGUACAACAAGCUGAGGCAGGAACCGUCACUAGAGCAAAUGUUGCAACAGUCCGAACGGAUGAAUCUCGCCCUCAUCGAGCUGGCCAACAAAACGCUCUCCAGUAGCCCCUCGUUCCGCGAGUACACCAUGACCAAGCGCGAUCCGCUGGGACUGUUGGCCAAUCUGGAUCUCGUGCACUGUCCCACGGUAGAGCUGCCGGUCGUGAGGGACGGCAACUAUCGUGCACGGAUCGUAGGCAUCCGGCGCUGGGAUCCAAAAGUCAUCGGUGUAGGUGGAAUCAAUGCACCGAAGAAACUAACCUGCCUGUGUCUGGACGGAUCGAAGCGGACGCAGCUGCUGAAGGGCAAGGACGAUAUGCGGCAGGAUGCGGUAAUGCAGCAGGUAUUCGGCAUACUGAACAUUUUGCUCCGCCACGACAAGGAAACGGCCCACCGGAAGCUGUCCGUGCGCACGUACAAGGUGGUGCCGCUGUCGCGCCAGAGCGGUGUACUGGAAUGGUGCAACAAUACGAUGCCGAUCGGGGCUUGGUUGCUGACCGGGCAUGUGAAGUACCGGCCGCAGGACAUCGAACCGACUGCAGCGCGGAAAAAGUUUACCAACAACGCGCAAGCGGGCAUGACGGUGGAGAAAAAGCUGCAAAACUAUUUGGACAUUUGCGGCAAAAUUCGGCCCGUCUUUCGGCACUACUUUCUCGAACAAUACCACAAACCGGGCGUAUGGUUCGAACGGCAGCAAAACUACAUCAAAAGUGUGGCCGCCAGCUCGAUGAUCGGCUACGUGCUCGGCAUCGGCGACCGACACGUGCAGAACAUCCUGAUCGACAAGCGCACCGGGGAGGUGAUACACAUCGACUUCGGUAUCGCGUUCGAGAUGGGGAAAAACUUGCCCACCCCGGAAACCGUACCGUUCCGGCUGACGCGCGACAUCGUGGACGGCAUGGGGAUCAGCGGUGUGGAGGGUGUGUUCAGGAGAUCGUGUGAAAAAACGCUAGAAGUGCUGCGAAACAAUCAGACGGUGAUUCUCGCCAUCCUGGAGGUACUGCUGUACGAUCCGCUCUACUCGUGGAACGUGCUGUCGAACAAGAAGGCGAACCGCCGGCAACAGCAAGCCUACCUGUCCGGCGAUGAGUCGGAUGCGGACGAAGCGAUCGGGCUGCCGAUACGGCGCGACAUCAACGUGACGGCCGAGCGGACGCUGAUGCAGGUGGAGGAAAAGCUGCUCGGGCAGGAAGAUAGCAAGUACAUCUCGGUCGAAGGUCAGGUGCAGAUGCUGAUCUUCAACGCGACCAACAAGCGCAAUCUCUGCCAGGUGUUUGCCGGCUGGCAGCCUUAUCUCUAACUUAUGGUGUCUGGAUGGAUCCACCCCCCCGCUCGCAUCUCAUCAGCUAUUCGCAUCAGGUGUCAUCUGGUGCCCGAUUUCUUCGCAUAAAAACCAUUCGUCACGCGUCGGGCAAUCUUUCGGCAAACAGUGUGUCCAUUUCAAGUUCAUCCCCACCGUUUCCCCACCAGACGCAUCACUUUCCCCACCGACGACGAUGACGACGACCAGGCAGACCAGUUAUGUAAAUUGAUUUUGAAAGAAAACCAACAAAAAAACCACCCAACCACAAACCAAGCCCAAAAGCCGGGUGAGAGCGCCGCGAUUUUGAGCCACCGAAAACAAAAAAAAACCCGGCCCGUUAUUAACAGUCAUUUCCAGACAGUGCACCCGGACAGGUCAAGCCUUCGUAGGUGGUUCGAGAAAAGCGCACAAACCUUCCUCAAAACUGCAGCAUCGUGUGAACCUUAAGAAUACGGGAAAAAACCAUGAAGCUCCUCCUCUGUGCAGUGUUAGUGUUGCUGGCGGUUCUUCUGCACUUUGGCCACUCGCUUACACCGAUCGAUUCGCCGGACGAUAUGCUGGCGGAAGAGAGCCGACUCCAAGGUGCGCAAACUUUGGCGGACGUGACCACCGAUGAUGAUGAUGGCGCCGUGCUGCGGGAAAAGCGAGGACUCAAGUAUCAGUAUCACUACAAGGAAAAGAGUGUCGGAGGUGGGCUGUUCCCGUACAAGCACACGGUCGAACGGAAGGUACACAUCAAGCAUGGACAUCAUCAUGGGCUGCUCGGGGGACAUCACUACCGCGAGGUGACCAAGGUCAAGCAGUUCGGAUUCGGACGCUAAUUAACGGAAUGAGUGCAAGUGUUCGAGACCCGUUAGGAGGUUGGUCAACGGUUGAAUGAAGCAACAGCUGAGCUGUUGUUGUUUGUUUUUCGUGGCAAGGUCACCAUGAUAAUAGUGGUGAGAGAGAGUGAGAGAGGGGCGUGAAAAAUUAUGAUGAAUGAACUGCGAAAUGUGGAAAUCGGUGGAAAAUUGACCUGAAACCGUUACACCGUAAACUCCCGUGACGUGAACACACGGUAUUGAUAUUUUACAAUAAAACUGAUUUUUAGUACAAA